UACUGUGAAUCACGCAGUGUGAUUCGUGCUCGCAUUCGGUGAACGUUCCUGCAUAAAUAGCGACGAGAGGGGGAAGUACAUAAAUGCUGCGCAAGUGAUAGAAGAGUAUACGCGCGGUUAAUCCAGUUUCCAGCGAAAUAUGGUGUAUUCAAAAUUCGAAAAGUCAUUAAUUAGAGUACCGGGCCUCGCUUAUCUGCCGGCUCGCGAUGAUGGGUUUGCAACAGGGGCAGGAUUUAUGAAGAGCAGAAGAGAAACCGACGGGGCGGAGGACCUUUGGCGAGUUCAAGACAAAUUGUACGAUUUAAACGGAUUCGCCAGUUUUCAUCCAGGAGGUGCCGAAUGGAUUCGCCUCACCAAAGGGACGGACAUAACCGAAGCCUUCGAGGUACACCACCUGACGGACAAGGCCGAGAGGAUGCUGCCGAAAUUUUACAUUCGCGACGCCAAGACCCCCAGAUCCGUUCCCUUGACAUUCGAGACGAACGGAUUCUACAAAAGUUUCAAAAGGCGAGCGGUGGAAGCGUUAAAAGACGUGAACAUCCACCGUCCAUCGACGAGGUCUAACGUCGUCACCGAUAGUAUCGUCGCAUCGACGGUGACAUUCUGCGUCAUGGCAGCAUUUUUCCAGUCGUGGAUCCUGGCUGCCAUUGCCGGACUCUUCCUCGCGUGGACGGCAUCAGCAGGACACAAUUAUAUGCACAUGAGGGACAACUUCAGGAUGUACUACAUGGACCUCUGCUUGCUAUCCUCCAAGCUGUGGAGAAUUACCCAUGUGUUGAGCCACCAUAUGUAUCCAAACACUCAUUGGGACUAUGAGAUAUACGCCUACGAGCCCUUCAUUCAAUGGCUGCCCGCCAAAGACAAGUCUUUGAUUGCGAAGUUCCUCCCCAAGUUGGGCAGUCCCUUGAUUUGGUCGAUGACGUUCUUCCAGCAAGGAGUCCAGAGGAUCGUCUGCGCGAUUUUCGCAUACGGGGUGGUGGAGUUUCGCGACGUCGUCCCUUUGAUCCUUCCCUUAUCCAUGUACCUGGUGACGUCGAGUCUGCUGAUAACGCUCAAAACCUGGUUCCUGGUGAUCCUCUUCGGCGGCUUCUUCUUUGGCUUCAUCGGAGUGAACGCGGCCCACCAUCACCCCGACAUCUUCCACGAGGGAGAUAUCUUCAGGUCCGACUUCGACUGGGGCCUCUUCGAGAUGGACGCCGUGAGAGACCGAAACGUGAUCGACGACUCGCUCGUCCUGACCCUGAUGAGCUUCGGCUCCCACGGGCUGCAUCAUCUUCUGCCCACGGUCGACCACGACUAUCUCCCGCUCUGCUACCCGGCCUUCCAGGAGACGUGCAAGGAGUUCGGAAUCGACUGUACCAAGUGGAACUACUGGACCCUGGUCGGGGGGCAAUUCGAGCAGCUCGGCAGGGUGGAGCCGAAGAAGAACUGGCGGUAGAUCCGGGGGCCUAAAACCGAACAAAGUCCAGGAAUAGCGUCUUCUCGGGUCACUUCCAAAAGCCCAAAGGCAUCGGAACCUACGUACGUUCAUUGACUCCCUUUUCCGGAAUUCCGACCAGAGGGUCGAGGGGUCGAAUCCAAGCAACGUCCAAGUGUGUGUCUACUCUCAAAAUGCAUUUAUUCAACACCUUCGGGAUGCUCAAUGGACAUCCAAGAGUAUCGAGUGCACGCCCCGUCGUCCGGAGAGCGUUCGCCGGACGUCCACGGGGGAUCGAACGUUUCCUAGAGGCUCUCAAUCCGCAGAUCGAUGUUUCCAGCCGUGGGAGUUCCCGGUGGGACCAUCCCCCGCGUACCUAACACCCUCCGGUUUUCGCGCUUCAUACGUUACCAGCAGGAUGAAAACGGGUGCACGCACGUUUAUUGGGUUUUACAGUCGCUUGCGAGGGUACAUGUAAACAUACAGAACAUUGCCACGGCAUCUCGAUACUACAUAUGUACAUACACGUCGGUGGGCGACCGAGGGAUCCCCUGGGAAGGGUCCCCGGGACCCCUGGGGUCCUCGGGGACUCUUCCGGGCCCUCGCGGGACCGACCGGGACACUUUCGGUUCUAUUCCGCGUCCAGCUUGCACCGCGCACCUUCCGUACAUAUUACGGGAUUGAGUUCUUACCUUUACCUUUUUAUUGCUUAGUUACUUUAAUAAAUACAUAUUGCGUAGUUUAUAAA